AAACCCCUCCAUUUCGUCAGAAAAGAGGGGCAAUUUUAGCCAACAACAACACAUUCAUCUUUCCACAAUCAUCCCGUUCGGUUCUACCAGAUGGAUGAAGGGAGCGAUUCAACGAGAUACUGGUGUCAUGAAUGUUCUAGGGUAGUUGAAACUAUCGCGGAGGCGGAGACGAUCAAGUGUUCCUUAUGUAACGGCGGAUUCGUGGAGGAAUUGGACAGCGCAAGGAGUGAUAAUCACAAUCAUCACCAUGCCGGAGAUUCUGAAUCUGAUCGUGCUCUCUCGUUGUGGGCUCCGAUUUUGCUCGGUAUGAUGAGCAAUCCUCGCCGUCGCCGGAGAUUCAGACAGAUUGAGAAUGAUGAAAACGAUGAGAAUGAAGAUCGUAACGAUUCUGAAGAACGGUAUCGUCGUUAUCACCGUGAAGGAGGAGAGUCGGAAUUGGAUAGGGAACUUGAAUCUAUCAUGAGGAGGAGGAGGCGGAGCUCCGCCACCAUCCUCCAGCUCCUUCAGGGAAUUCGAGCCGGAAUGAUAACUGAAUCGGAGAACAAUGCCGAUAGGGAAGGUGGAGAGAAUAACAGAGAAAGAGAAAGAGAACGAGAACGAGAGCGAGAGCGUGUUAUUCUCAUCAAUCCUUUUAAUCAGACGAUUAUUGUUCAAGGCGGUGUUGGCGGUGGUGGUGGCAGCGGCAAUCCGUUUGAUUCCGGUGGCCCAUCGCAGAACCACCCGAUCGGAUCUUUAGGCGAUUAUUUCGUGGGUCCAGGUCUCGAAUUACUCCUGCAGCAUUUGGCGGAGAACGACCCGAACCGAUACGGGACACCACCGGCGCAGAAAGAGGCGGUGGAGGCAAUGCCGACGGUGAUCAUCGAGGAGAAUUCGAUCCAGUGUUCGAUUUGUUUGGAUGAUGUAGAGGUCGGAGCUGAAGCGAAAGAAAUGCCAUGUAAACACAGGUUUCAUGGGGAAUGUAUCCUGCCAUGGCUAGAGCUUCAUAGUUCAUGUCCAGUUUGCAGGUAUCAAUUGCCUUCCGAUGAGUCAAAGCUCGAACGCGAUCGAGAAGCUUCCCAAGGCAUCAUGGUUAACACCAACGCGAUCACGGGGGAAUCCGAGAACGGUGGAAACGGCGAAGAAGGUGAAGAUGAAGGGAGAAACACAAGGCGGUUUUCCGUUGCUCUCCCGUGGCCCUUUAGCAGCUUGUUUUCGUCAACAUCCGGAACCCAAAUCACGAACUCGAACCCACAGUUGAUAAUGAACCUAUCAACUUCAUUGGGGUCAGGGUCGGGGUCGGGAUCGGGGACGGCGGGUCAGGAAGGUGGCGAGGGUGGUCGGAGGGAAGAUGAUGACUUGAUGUAAGUUUUCUUUAUAACAGAAAUAUGUAAAUAGAUUCGGUUAUUAUAUAUUGUAAUAUCGACAAAAAGCAUUUCGUGAUUCUGUCUGCUUGUAUGUACUGAUUACCAAGGAUUUUAUACCUCCUUCAAAUUCUUUCCAAA